AUGACCUCUUUCCUCGCUUCCCUCCUUCCUCUACACGUAUAUGGACUCCUCUCGCUUGGCGGCUUGGUGCUCUUGCGUAGGAUUCUUCGCCGGGGAAAUCAGGGCAGGGCUUGGAGAAAUCCGAAUCGCCUGCCUUAUCCUCCUGGGCCCAAACCUCGACCGGUUAUUGGGAAUCUUCUUGACCUCGCACGCGAUAAUGAAUCCUCGGCUUAUUACGAUCUGGCACAGAAAUAUGGGCAACCCUUGCUGUUUGUCAACUCGUUUCAGACCGCAAACGACUUGUUCGAAAAGAGGUCCGCGUAUUACUCUGGGCGCAGGCGAUCUAUUAUGAUUAACGAAUUGCGAGUUCUCUCUCUCCCUCGCAUCUUUGUCUUACAAGACUGGGACUGGAGCUUCGGACACAUGCCCUACGGCGAGAGAUGGAAAGCCCAUCGUAAGAUGUUCCAUCAAGAGUUCCAACAGGUCGCUGUCCCAUCCUACUCCGCGACGCACGAGCACCAAGCCAAACUCCUUGCCCGAAGGCUGCUACGAUCCCCUCAAAACCUGCGGGAUCACCUUCGACUGAACGCCGCUGGAGUGACCAUGGGAGUUGUCUAUGGGAUCGAAGACAAGAAUGAGAGCGAGAGGUUUAUUACCGUCGCGGAGAAGGCACUCGAGGGGAUGGCGAAAGCGGCUAAACCUGGCGAGUACUUGGUCGAAUUUUUACCACUGUUGUAUUCGAUGCGAGACGCGCCAUUCGAAAUGGUACUCCGAGCGCUGGUGGGUAUCUCUGUGGUCGUCUGGACAGGUCAGAUGCUGAUAUUUCUGAAGGCGUCUGGAACAGCUCAACCCUCCUUCGUAUCCAAUCUCAUUUCCAAGUGUGAGAACAAGUCUGACCGUAACUCUCAAUUGGAGAUCAUCCGGAACUGUGCUGGAUUAGCCUAUGCAGCGGGAGCGGAAAGUACGAUUUCGAGCCUGACGACGUUCAUCCUAGCAAUGGUCCUUCACCCACACGUAUCCGCUCGAGCCCAGGCAGAGCUGGAUGAAGUGGUUGGGCAUGGAAGACUACCUCACCAACGUGAUCGAGCGUCUCUUCCGUAUAUGAACGCGAUAGUUAAAGAAGUGUUAAGGUGGAAUCCGGUUGCUCCGUUAGGACUUCCGCACAUGCUAUCCAAAGAUGAUGAAUACAACGGAUAUUUCAUCCCUGCUGGAACGUUGGUAAUUGGGAAUACCUGGACGAUCCUCCACGACCCUGAGAUCUUCCCAGAUCCCAUGUCCUUCAACCCCGACAGGUUCAUGCAAACCUCUUCAAAUGACGACCAGCAAUUCGCCUCGUGCCACCCUCUCUCCUCUGCCUUUGGAUAUGGCCGGAGAGUGUGCCCUGGUAGAUUCAUGGCUGAACAACAACUCUUCAUUACUAUGGCUACGAUCCUUAAUUUGUUUGAUAUUUCGCCUGGAUUGGAUGAGAAUGGGCGACCGAUACCUGUGGAACCGAAGUUUUCCUCGGGGAUGAUUAGUCAUCCUCUACCGUUUGCGUAUACCAUUAAACCCCGUGGGGAAUACGUCCAUGAACUGCUGGCGUAG